AUUUAACUUUAACUUUGUAGAAAUAAAUCAUUUUAAAAUGGAGAAUACUUUUUUUGACAAUGACAAACCACAUAGUAAAGCUAAAAGAAAGCUACUUCAUACAAUAGUGCAAUCAGUAGUGGAAAUCAGAUUUGCUCAGCAACAAAAAAAAAAUUGUGAAGGUCGUAUAAUAAUGACAUAUGUUGAUGCUUUCGCUGGGAAAGGGUAUUAUGGCACCAGGAAAAAUCCUAAGGAAAUCAGCGACGAAAAUAUUGAUGAACUCGGAACUCCAAUUAUUGCUUUACAUGUAUUCUUAACAAAAAUUCGUCAGGUAAAAUGCAGCUGCUCCAUCAAUUUUAUUUUUAAUGAUAGCGCAAACAUUCAGAAUCUUAGGGAUUAUGUUGAAGAAUAUUUAAUGUUUAAUUCAAAGAUUAAUGUUGAUGAAAGUUGUAAAGAGGAUCAUCAAAAUUCUAGCCUUGAAUACUCAAUCAAAUCAGGAUCAUUAAGUCACACUAUCCUUAUUAGGUUUACUCGUUUAAAGAUUGAAAAUGAGGAAACAUUUGAAAAGAUGAAGUUAGAUGAAAUUAAAGGACCUGCUUUAAUUUUUUUUGAUCCUUUUGGAAUAAAAGUACCAGUGGAAUUUAUUCAGAAACUUAUGAGAGUCGAUAGAGAAAUUAUAGUUAACUUGAAUAUACAGUUUGCAAAAAGAGCUCUUAAGAAUCCACGGCUAGCUGAAGCAUACCCUCAAUAUUUGGGUGAAGCUAUGAGUAACUUAACAUUAUCUGACAAUCCUUCCGAUCCUUGCAGUGAUUAUUCUAAAAUUGCAAGGCAAUAUAUUGAAAACCUGAAGAAAAUGUACGAUGAAUUGUACGGUGAAACUCGUAAACUUUAUGCUUCUAGGUUCAUAUUUAGAAAAGGAAAAUUAAAGCCUAAUAACGCAGAGUUUUUUAACUUUAUAGUAGCAACCUCAAGUCUUAUGGUUUUGCAGGCUGUUAAACAAAAAUUUCAAAAUUUAAAUCAACAAGAAGGGCAAGCUGCUUUUUCUGACUUCUACGACCUUAACGGAAUACAGGUUACAGAAAAUAGGAAAACCGACGAUUCUUAUGAAUCUGAAUUUAUUUUCAAUUAUUUUAGUAAUUUUAAUAAUGGGGAAUUUAAACUCGGAGUGUUGAAGAAACUGAUUUUGGAAGAAACUCCAUUUCCGUUUCAUUCAAAACCUCUAAGAAAGCUUGAACAAGAUCGUAAAAUACAAAUAAUUUCUGUAAGCAAAAAUGGUUCACCAAUGGAAAGAAAAAAUAAUUCACUUUGUUGUAAAGUGAGUCACACAGAAUUUUGUGAAGGGCAAGAAUAUGGAAAUUUUUGGACAAUUAAGUUUUUGUAAAAACAAUAACAACAACAACAACAAACUAUUCAUUCAUUGGAAAAAUCUUUAAUGCACGUUCUUUUUGCCGCUUUAAAAAUAGUUUACAUAAAAAAAUAUAAAAUAAAACUUUUUCAAUAUAACUUAAUAAUAGUUUGUAUUAUAAUUAAAUAAUUAUUUUUAAUCUUCAUGA